AGGGAUCUUCAUGGACGGUUUGCCACUUGAUGUCAGUUUGUGCCGAUUGGUCUGGUUUGGAACGCUCUGGGGUUGCACCAUUGAAGCUGUGGUAAUGGCAGCCGCGUGUUCCAGCAAAGACCCCUUCAACAGUCCGAGCAGGAUAUUUGCGGAGAGUGAUGAGGCCUACUUGGCUGGUCUGCGUCUUUCUUGGAUGGCCCGUCGACGCUUCGACGGUGGCCAUUUUUCCGAGCCCAUCAUGAUGCUGCGGCUCUUUGCAUACUGGGCUAUGCACUUUGGCAAACUUGCCCAGUUGAAAGGCAAAGCUCGCUUUGAUACAGCCCUGGGCAUCGUUUCCAAGAAUGCAAAUAUCCACCCUGGAAGGUUCCAAAGCUUCUUAGCCAACAUCAUGGAUCUCGCAGAGCGUGCUCGCUUUCUUCCCCUUCCUGGAAGCCCAGAGACUGUAGCAAAGACCAUGCAAGACCUUGGGCGCUUGAUGAGUUUCUUUCGUUGCGAACAUACCGGGCCAUCGCUCCUACGCACAAAGAGCGAAACGAAGCUGCGGGCGCUGCUGGCAGCAGCAUUCAGCGAGCAACUCCUGGUUGGGCGGCGCUUCAUCGAUCAAUUGCGGGGGCCGCCGAAACGUCCUCGUGGAGCGGGGGCCAUGGCCUCAGUGUUGGCCGGGCCCCGCAAGGCCGAGGAGGACGAAGAAGAGGCACAAUCGUACGACCAUCCGACAGAUGAAACAGAACCCGACGACAUCUUCGACUUGAAUGCAGAACUUGCUACGAUUGAAGAAGACGAGGACGACCUAGAAGAUGAUGAUGACGAGGAGUCGCAGGACUUGGAAGAUGAUGAUGAUGUGGCCACAGGCGAUGAUGUGCAGACGCGAUUGCCAUGGAAGAAGGCACGUGACGAGAUGAUUUGGGCGGUGAACUCGCUGCCAGAGAAGGGAAGAAAAGUUCACCAGCGCACUGUGGUCGCCAAGUUGCAAACCUCUCAGGAUACUGCAGGAACGGUCACACUGGACAGGCUUCCCGAUGUGAUGGCAAAGCUGGCGGGCCGUGCACCGCAACACGUGGCUCGCAAGGGGAAGGAGUCUGAGUUCGCAGCUGUUUGCUUUCCGCGUGAGACCGUCAAGGAGCUGGACCUGCCAUCAGGGCCGUCAUUUUUAACGCCACCCACGCUGGAGGGUGCAACGCCAUCUGCUAGCAUCUCUCAUUCGUUCAGCAUGGGCUCCUUCUUCGUGGACUUUGAUGGUGACCUGGUAGCUCGGCCCAGCUCGCCAUACCAACUUAGCUUCUUUCUUCCUGAGCGCAACACUUCAUCUGAAGAGGACAAGCAGCAGCAAAUCCGUGGUGUAUUGGAAGCCCGCAAUCCAGUAGGCUUUCCGUGCCAUGUCAACGCUGGUGAUGAUUUCUUUUGCACUGCAGCUAGCAUGCAACUUCUGGGUUCCAGGACAUCAGUCCGUGUGAACGGUGUGACCAUCUUCAGAGCAGCUGAGAUCCUGUUCGCACUUGCUACGCUCUGCCCUGAAAGAAGCUUCAUGUCAGUCCGUCUAGGCCAUGGUCCUGCAGGUGGCUCCCGCUCCUCAUCUCCAGAACACCUCCUCGCAGUGAAGAUCUUGGGCUGGGAGAUCAGCCUCUUGGGUGAUGAGCGAGGUGAAGGUGGUGCGGUUGUUGCGGAGGAGGCCUUGGAGGCCAUCCAAGAGGUGCGAGCAAGCAUCAAAGCGGCCAUGGCACGGUCCAAUGAAGAUGAUACGGUCGAGGACCUUACAACGCUCAACGCUGGUCAGGAGGACAAAGAGCCUAAGAAGCGGAAGCUUCGACCUUCAAGGUAUGAAGACACCCCAGAGAAGGUCCUGGACAAACUGCUUGCAGUCGUCCAAGAGGCUUCAGAAAGGCUAAGCUUCAGCAUCGAUCAUCAGAUGCGCAUGCAUGAAGCUGCUGAAAGAGGCAGAAAGCGGCGAGAGAAGCUGAAGGCGACCAAAGAGGAGGAGGUUCUUUUGGCUGGAGAGGAGUCUGGCUUUGUGGAUUUCCUGCGGCCGUUGGAAUUCUGCAAGGAUCCUGCCGUUGCUGCAGCUAGAUCUUUGAAGCGGUGGGCUAAGAAAGCUCCUGCAGCAAAGUUUCGCUGCCCUGUAUGCGAAGAGGUAUUUGUGCGUGCUAGAGCUUGUCGGAAACACCUAAAAACAACUGGGCACUUGUGCCGUGAAGCUGGCCAGUCUUGGAAGAGCCUUGUAGAGGAGCGCUGCUUGCUGGAGCCUGCACAGCUUAAACAGACUUGAUCGGAAUACAUUUAGCGAUGUGGAACAACGUGGAUCAAUGCAGAACGGAAGCUGGAACUGUCUGAGAUGCAAUUGACGUCCAAAGGCUUCAGACAGUUUUUGUCAGCUUCCUAGAAUAGAACAAAUUGCUUGGUUGGAAA